CCCCUGGGCGAACUACAACUCCCAGAGUCCUCCUCUCGGCUCUUGCCAAACCUCUUCCCCUCCCCUUCACACCUGAAGAGCAACACAAGCAGAAGCAGAAGCAGGAGGAGGAGGCAAGGCUUUGGGCAGCAGGCGCCUCGGGACGGAGGCUCUUCUUCCUCCUCUUUUUCCUCUCCUCGGGUGACCUUUGCAGGAGAAGGCGAAAGCACCAUCCUGGGAGUGACCGGGGCCAGGCCGAGAAUUGGAGAUCAUUUAACGAAGACGAACACCUGGAAAUGAACAAGCACGGACUCCGAGUCGCCAGGGAGCAAAGAGACGCUCCCGAUGCUUCAGCAACCCUUUGCAAGAACUGGAUUAUUGUGCCUCGAUUCUGCAAAGUGUGCUUCUCCCGAUAAGACGGGACCAUGUACACCUUUUUGCCGGAGAACUUCACUCCGGUGAAGCAGAAGCCGGUGAAAGACCUGAAGCCCAUGAUCGUGGCCAUCGUGCUGGGCCUGGGCCUCUUCAUCGCGGCCGUGGUGGCCUGGUGCUACUAUGUGGCGUCCCUCCGGAAGGCCGAGCGGCUCAAGACGGAGCAGAUGGACCUCCACCAGGAUGGCUUCACCAUCAAGAACCAGAACGGGGAGCUGGUCUUCCAGCUGGACUUCCAGUCAGGGCUCCUGGACUUGGAGUCCUGCUCCAGGGAAGGGGCAAACCUGACUUGCACCCGGACGGACAAAGGGAGGGUCAAUUUCUUCAUCAAGAUCGUGACCCCCAAGGACACCGUGAUGUGUUACCGCGUCCGGUGGGAGGAGUUUGUGGCGGACACGGUGGUGGAGCACAAGAUGUUUUGGGGGGACGCCCAUUGGUAUGGCGGCUGCGAGAUGAGCGUCCAGCACUGGCCCAUCCAACUCCCGGGGUCCCAGGAGCCCACACCUUUUGUGACCAGCGACGUCUAUUCAUUCCGGAACAGCUUUGGAGGCAUCUUGGAGCGGUACUGGCUCUCCUCCAAAGCGGCGGCCAUCAAGAUCAACGACUCGGUGCCCUUCCACUUGGGGUUCAACGCCACCGAGAGGUCUCUCACCUUCCAAGCCAGGUAUAAGGACUCCCCUUACAAGCCCCCAUUGGGACAGCCACCUUUCCCAGAGCUCAGCUACCGGGUUUGCAUCGGUUCCGACAUCACCUCCAUCCACAAAUACAUGGUGCGGAGAUACUUCUACAAGCCAUCCAAGAUCCCUUCAAGGAACGCCUUCCGGUACCCGAUCUGGUCGACGUGGGCCUUGUAUAAGAACGACAUCGACCAAGACAAGCUGCUACGUUUUUCAGAAAAGAUUAAGAAAUACAAGUUCAACUGCAGCCACAUUGAAAUCGACGAUACGUACACGCAGGCCUACGGGGACUUUGACUUUGACCCCGUCAAGUUUCCCAACGCGACGGAGACGUUCGAGAAGCUCAAAGAAGACGGGUUUGAGAUCACCCUCUGGACGCACCCUUUCAUCAACUACAACUCCUCCAACUUCGGGGUGGGGAUCGAGAGGCAGCUGUUCAUCAAGGAGCCGACGGGGAGGCUGCCGGCGAUGGUGGAGUGGUGGAACGGCAUCGGCGCCAUCUUGGAUUUCACCAACCCUUCCGCCAGGGACUGGUUUCAGAACCACCUCAGGCAGCUCCGCAACAACUACGGCAUCUCCUCCUUCAAGUUCGACGCCGGGGAGAUCAGCUACCUGCCCAAACAGUUCAGCACCUUCCGACCGUUGUCCGACCCCAACAUCUGGUCUCGGCGCUACACGGAAAUGGCCAUCCCUUUUUAUGAACUGGCCGAAGUCCGGGUGGGCUACCAGUCCCAAAACAUCUCCUGCUUCUUCCGGAUCAUCGACAGGGAUUCGGUGUGGGGCUACGAGCUCGGCCUGAAGUCCUUGAUCCCAACCGUCCUAACAAUAAGUAUGCUGGGAUACCCUUUCAUCUCAGCCGACAUGAUCGGCGGGAACUUCUUCCCCAACAAGACGGACGGCGCAGUGGAGAUCCCAGACCGGGAGUUGUAUAUCCGCUGGCUGGAGCUCUCGGCCUUCAUGCCCUCCAUGCAGUUCUCCAUCCCUCCCUGGCUGUAUGACCGAGAGGUCGUGGACAUCGCCCUCAAGUUCACCAAGCUCCAUGAGUCUCUGGUGGCACCGCUCUUGCUGGAGUUGGCUGGGGAGGUCACGGAUACCGGAGACCCCAUCAUCCGCCCCGUCUGGUGGAUCUCUCCCAACGACGAGUCCACCCACAAAAUAGACUCCCAGUUCCUCAUUGGGGACACCUUGAUGGUGGCCCCCGUUUUGGAGAUGGGCAAGCAAGAGCGGGACAUCUACAUCCCGGCCGGCAAAUGGCGCAGCUACAAAGGUGAGCUCUUCGACAAGACGCCCACGUUGGUCACCGACUACCCUGUUGACUUGGACGAAGUGGCCUAUUUCGUCUGGGUGUCCUAACGGAUGGAUGUCUGCAGUCCACUGACUCGUAACAGCUGCCAAGCUUUGUGGAAGCAACCUUGCCUUAGCCUAUGAGCCUGAGAGCUAGCGAUCCAAAUCCACUCGCAGGAUGGAAGUGGAAAGCCAGGACUUGCGAAACCAAGGAUGGGCACCGUAGUGUUUCCUCAUGUAGGCGUUCAGCACCACCACUCCCCUAAGUCUGGGCCAACGUGGCAAAUGGUCAGGGAUUAUGGGAGUGGGAGUUCUGUACAUUGGAAAUUCUCUAGGCUGCCUCCCCAUAGGUCACACAUUUGUGUUUACACCUGCUAGCUUUCCUUGUGAUCUAGACAUGCUGAUAGAGGCUCACGGUGUCAUGAAAUCUGCUCAUUAAUUCAAAUGAACCCACCUGGAAACCAAGAGAUACCGAGCCUGAUGUGCCCAGACCCAAAUAUAUUUCUUCCACGAUUUUGGAAGCGUUAAUUUGAGGCAUUUGUAACACCAACCUUGUAUUCCAGCAUUGUAACUACCAUAGCUGUCUCUUGGGGGAUGCUGGGAUUUGUAGUUUGGGGAGAAAAAAAGUACUAUAAGCCUCCAGUGGACAAUUUCAAGUCCAAACCGACCCCCAAGUGGUGGCUUCUAUAAGGAUGGAUCUACUCCAGGUUGAAAGGAACUGUCCAAGGUCUUGAAACCCAGAUCACAUAGUUCAGCACCUUAGACAGCUCAUAGAAAGCAAUACAGAAACCUUGUAUGAACCCUUGUUAUCUAGACACGCUGAUAGAGGCUCACGGUGUCAUGAAAUCCGUACAUUAUUUCAAAUGAACCCACCUGGAAACCAAGAGAUACUGAGCCUGAUGUGCCCAGACCCAAAUGUAUUUCUUCCAUGAUUUUGGAAGUGUGAAUUUGAGGCAUAGCUGUCUCUUGGGGGAUGCUGGGAUUUGUAGUUUGGGGAGAAAAAAAAGUGCUAGAAGCCUCCAGUGGACAAUUUCAAGUCCAAACUAAAGUGGUGGCUUCUAUGAGGAUGGACCUACUCCAGGUUGGAAGGAACUGUCCAAGGUCCUGAAACCCAGAUCACAAAGUGGUUCAGCACCUUAGACAGCUCAUAGCAGUACAAAAUCUUGUAUGGAUCUGUUGCCAUUCCCUCUGUUCGGACUGAGUCGUCAGCUGCGAGUGGAAAAGUUUGGGAUCGACCUUUGUACAAACUUCUAAUUUCCUCCAGCUAUAAGCCAAGGGAAGUCUUGACAAAUGCCAGCGGAAAUGCUUGCCCUUGUAGGAAGAGGCAGGUUUGGGUUUUCCAGGGUUUGCCUUAAGUUUUACAACGCAGCGAGGUAUUAUUUGAAAACAACAUUUUAUUUUCUAAAAGAGAGUAAUUCCAAACAUAUAAUGAUAGAGAUAUAUGCCUAUAUAUUUAUAAAUGUAUCUAUCUGUCUCCUUGUCUGAUACGGGGCGAGGCUGGUGGACGAACUAUAGAACAUACCGCACCCCUUUUAUUGGGUUCCUGGGCUGGGCCACCGGGUACUCAGUGCAGGCUACGAGUUGCGGCUUAGCCAAAAAUACUUCUGGGAACGGAUGCCGUUGCACACGGAUCAUGCGCUUUAAAUGGGACUGAGGCAGGGUCAAGGCAGUCGUUCCUUUCCUAUCGGUUUCCCUGGCUGCCGUGUCCCUUCUUGGCUCCUUCUCAGAGAUGCCUUGGGAACUUUGCUGCCGUCGGAGUUUCUCUUUUCAGCUCAUCGACUGCAAAGAGCACAGACGUCUUCUAAAAAGAGCACAGGUUGUGAUCGAGACUCAUAUCGCCGAGGGCAAAGGGUGAAAAGUGGGGUAUUUGUGUCCAAGCAAUGUCAGAGCGUGGUCAGAAUGGCAAAAGUUGCUAAUGAGGAAGAUCACAUACAAGCAAAGAGAGGUCGCAGCAGUGUGCUUUUGCCCAGUGCCAUUGGGAAGGAUAAGAAUCUUCCUUCUUUUCUAUUUUCUCUUUAGUUCUUGGCUCACUUCAGUUGCAAAAAUAGUUUGUACUUAGUGUUGUCGAAGAUUUUCAUGGCCGGAAUCACUGGGUUGCUGUGCAUUUUUUGGGCUGGCUGGCCAUGUUCCAGAAGCAUUCUCUCCUGAUGUUUCACCCACAUCCAUGGCAGGCAUCC